AUGGCGCCGACCGACUCGUACAAAUGGUCCCCUGAGCUCACGCGGAAACUCAUACGUUUCAGAGCUGAAAACGAGGAGAAGUUUUUAAAGUCCAGAUAUAGCGCCAAAAAACAAUGGGAGAUCUUUUUAAAGGAGAACGGGCUGGAGGGGAUAGUUCGUCCAGAUAAGGCUUCCAAAAAGUGGGAAAACUUAAAAAGGAAAUAUAAGGAGUUAAAACUCCUGAAAACAGGCAAAGGAGGUACUGAGGAGGGGGAGAAAACUGCUGCUGAUUGGCAAUACUUUGAGGAUAUGCAUGAGGUGCUGGGCUCCAGACCAUCGGUGGAUCCUCCUGUUGUUGUGGCCUCAUUCCUGGAGGAUGACAACACAACCAUAGUGCUGGAAAUUGAGGAGCCCAGCACCUCUGCAGCUGCACCAUCCUCAUCUACUGCAAAUCAGGAUGAGUCCCAACCCACAGCAUCAUCUGCUCCACCUCCAGCUCCUCCUGCUGCAUCUCCCUCUCCCCGUAAAAGAAAAAGGAAAUCAAGUGCAAUUGUAGAGUUUUUAAAAGAAGAAUCUACAAAAGAGCAGAAGAGGCAUGAGGAGAGCGAGGAAAAGGAGACGCAACCGGACAGCUGCACAGGAGCCCCACCAUCGCUUCACAUUCGAAACAACCGUUGGGCAUUCAUUAUAAGGGGGAAUUGGCCAUUUUUGUGUCUGGGUAAGACACCACCCUGA